AUGACACCCAAAAGAUUGCCCUUUCAGAUCAGGCUGCUGCUACUGAUGCUUGCAGUGGGGAAUUUAGCCCAUGGAGGAAACACUUAUAAAACCAAGAAGAAGCGCAGUGAAAGAAUGACUGACUACAACUGCCCAACUCAGCCAGGAAUCCAAGAGGAUGCCAAAUUCCCAGAGACAGUGAAGGUACACAUACAUGUUGCUCAUACAGAACCAAUCAGAAGGAUGCCUCAUGAUGUCAGAAACAGAUCUCUCUCUCCAUGGGAUUACAGUGUUAAGGAAGAUCCUAACAGAUUCCCACACUUAAUUUCUGAAGCCAGCUGCCGCCAUACCGUUUGCCUGGAUUCCACGGGGAAUAGCCUAAACUACGCUAUGAACUCUGUUCCUAUCCAGCAGGAGAUCCUGGUUCUCAAACGCAAACAUGUUGGUUGCAAGCAAACCUAUUGGUUGGAGAAACAGGUGGUCACUGUUGGCUGUACCUGUGCCUUUCCUGCUUCCACUGCCUAUCAGAAAAAGAUUCUCUAA